CCGUCCCUCACACCACUCAUCGGUUCUCUGUUUUUUCACUUCUUUAAAACCUUUUAAUUCCAAAACCAAAGCUCGCUUCAACUUCAUGGAAGACGCAAGUCCAAGGGCUUGUCGUCGUCCGGAGCACAUUCCCCACCUUUACCUCGCCGGAGCUCAGCUACCGGAGAGCCCCAGAGGCCCAAUGGAGUUCCUCUCGAGGUCAUGGAGCGCUUCGGCUCUCGAAGUCUCCAAGGCCCUCGCCCCAGCUCAUAAUCAUCACCAUCCGCUCAAUGGUUCCAUCACCGCUCCCAAGUCCGCCAGCAGCUCCUCUUGCACCACCAACUCUAUACCGGAAGACAUAAACGGCGAGACAGAAGAGCUCGAUAAGUCCGCCGCCGAUAUUACGAAUCAGUUCUCCUUCACUUCCUCCACCACUUCACAGCUCGUUCUCGAACGCAUUAUGUCACAAUCCGAUGUUUCACCAUUAACGUCGGGGAGGCUUUCUCAUAGCAGCGGACCUUUGAUUAAUGACAACAGCCCUCCAGUUUCGCCAUCUGAGGAGUUCGACGACGUCGUUAAGUAUUUCCGAACCCACAAUUCCAUACAACCAUUAUUCAAUGGUGGCCGAGCGAGUGGUGGCAAUGGAGUCAACACACCCAGCGGGGCCAAGACAGUGGGGAGAUGGUUAAAAGACAGGAAAGAGAAGAAGAAAGAAGAGACCAGAGCUCACAAUGCACAGCUCCACGCUGCUAUCUCGGUCGCGGCGGUUGCAUCCGCCAUAGCAGCCAUUGCAGCUGCCACCGCGGGCAAUUCUUCCUCCACCUCUGGCAAAAAUGAACAGUCGACCAAGACUGACCUUGCCGUGGCAUCGGCCGCCACAUUAGUCGCUGCGCAAUGCGUGGAAGCAGCCGAAGCCAUGGGAGCCGAACGCGACCAUCUUGCUUCAGUUGUGAGCUCUGCUGUUAACGUUCGCUCACAUGAUGAUAUCUUAACUCUUACUGCUGCUGCCGCUACAGCUUUACGUGGGGCAGCUGCCUUGAAGGCAAGAGCUUUGAAGGAAGUACGGAACAUUGCAUCAGUCAUUCCGUCAGAGAAAACGGCCGGUAUCGGACUCUGCGCGAAAGGCAACGGGCAUUCGAAUCGCAACAACAGCGAAGAACUUGCCCCAGAGGAUUUCCUUACUGCCUGUAGUCAAGAUCUCCAUGCCAAAGGUACUGAACUUCUCAAAAGAACUCGAAAAGGUGAUCUUCACUGGAAACUUGUAUCUGUUUAUAUGAACAAGACAGGCCAGGUGAUUUUGAAGAUGAAAAGCAAGCAUGUUGCUGGGACAUUCACCAAAAAGAAAAAGAACGUGGUUCUUGAGGUGUGCAAGGACAUGCCGGCAUGGCCAGGGAGACACCUAUUUGACGGCGGAGAGCAAUGCCGGUAUUUCGGAUUGAAGACCGAAACAAGAGGAAUCAUAGAGUUCGAGUGCAGAAGCGAGAGAGAAUAUAAUAUGUGGACUCAAGGCGUCUCGAGGCUUCUUUCAAUCGUUGCUGAAACUGAUAGGAAGCACAGAAGACAAAGUUCAACUACAUGGCGUCUUGGUGACCAGAAGUUGGACUUGGAUUAACUAAUCUGCCUUAUUUUAAGCUUGACUACUUCUAUUGGCUCAGUGUAAAGCAUGAAAGGUCCGUUGUGCAUACUAAACAUUUUGAGCUUAAAAUGGUGUGACUGAUUAAUUUUUUUUGUAGGAUUAAAGAAGUAAAGUAGUACUCAGUCAUCUAUCAGACAGUCAAACGUUUGUAAGAUUGGUAUA